AGACGCCGCGGCGGGCGAAAUGCUGCAGCCGGCGGUACGCCUGGUGUGGCUGAGUCAGGUUCCCUACGCCGAGUUGCUGGCGUUGCAGCAGCGUUGGCUGCGGCGGCUGCAGGCCGAGCCAGGGACCGAGGCGGGUGCCCUCCUGCUCUGCGAGCCCGCAGGGCCUGUGUAUACCACCGGGCUGCGCGGCGGUCUGACAUCCGAGGAGACUGCGCGACUGCGGGCCCUGGGUGCCGAGGUGCUCCCCCUUGGCCGGGGCGGCCUAGCCACCUUCCACGGCCCGGGCCAGCUGCUGUGCCACCCGAUACUCGACUUACGACCCCUCGGCCUGCGCCUGCGCACCCACGUGGCCGCGCUGGAGGCGUGCGCCGUGCGCCUGUGCGAGCUCCAGGGCCUACCGGGCGCCCGCGCGCGGCCCCCACCCUACACUGGAGUUUGGUUCGGCGAGCGCAAGAUCUGCGCGAUCGGUGUCCGCUGUGGAAGGCACGUUACGUCCCACGGCCUGGCGCUGAACUGUUCUACGGACCUCACGUGGUUUGAGCACAUUGUGCCCUGUGGGCUGGUUGGGACAGGCGUCACUUCUCUGAGUGAGGAGCUCCAGAGGCAUGUCACUGUGGAUGAAGUAAUACCACGUUUCCUUGAGGCCUUUAAAGAGACCUACAAGUGCACGUUGACCUCAGAGGACAGCUCCAGCUGAAGGGCGUUUAUAUUAUCUCACGCUGGAGGUCUUGUCUUGAAAAGCACCACCAGACUUGGGAGUCACUGAAACCUAGAUUCUAGAACUGGCCCUGUCAUUCACACAUCAGGAGACUGUGGGCAGAUCAUGAGCUCUGGGCCCUUGGUUCCAUAUGUAUACGGUUUAUUUAUAUCUUCCCAACCUACCUCAGAUAUGAAAACAUUGUGAAAAGCACAAAGAUAAGGCAUUAGCACUACUGUCGACACCCAUUUCUUAGCUCAGAAAAACUCAGGUAUCAUAGCGUGUCAUUUCUCAAAUAUUUCCUCAAUACUGUAUUUAAUUGGGAAAUCUGGGCUCCAGUUCCUUUGAUUGUUGUAAGAAUCAUUUUUCAGGAUCAUCCAGGUGAAGGUGAUGUGAUGUGGAUUUUUUUUCAUUCUCAGGAGACCUGGGAGCUUUCUGCAAUGACAGGGAAGUGGAAAGACUUCUUUAAAGAGUAAUAUGGGAUUCUGUCUUCCUGGGUUGGAUUCCUCAAGCCUGAUGGCUUUUUUAGUUAGGUAACCUGAGCUAGGCCAAAGGCUACGGGAAAGAGAAUAAUAAUUUCUGACCCUGUACAAAUGCCAAAAAUAGAAGGGUUUUUUUUUUUAAUAUGAGAUCUCUAUAAAGGUUGUAUGUUAAUUAUCUAUAACAUGUCACCCCAAAGCUUAAUGACUUAAAAGAAUAAACAUUUAUUAUCUCAUA